CCAGCCCUGAUCAGACUCAGUACAGGCUCAGAGAGGCAGUUGAAAACUCAGCACAGUUGCCUGACCCUCUGUUUGGCUCAGUGUCAGCGCUAAACAGAGAAGCUACAUCUUAAAUAAUUUGACGAAUUAAUAAUAUAGCAGUAAAAUGAAGACUCUGAGGUCAUGGUUUGGAUUUACCUGCAGUUUGCUUGUGUUUAUCUCAGUCGCUGGAUUCUAUCUUCCGGGUUUAGCUCCUGUUAGUUUUUGCGAGGAGAAAAGCGAGGACUGUCAGGAUGAGAUCCAGCUGUUUGUAAACAGACUGGACUCUGUGGAAUCAGUUCUGCCUUAUGAGUAUGAUAUGUUUGAUUUUUGCAAAGAUAAUGAAGAGAAGAGGCCCUCAGAGAACCUUGGACAGGUGUUGUUCGGAGAGAGAAUUGAGACGUCACCUUACAAGUUUAAAUUUAGGAAAGAUCAGCCUUGCCAAAAAGUGUGCACUAAAUCGUACGACACGUCUAAGGUGGAGGAUAAGACCAAUUUGGAGUUUCUAAAGAGAGGCAUGCAGCUGAAUUACCAGCAUCACUGGAUUGUUGACAACAUGCCUGUAACGUGGUGCUAUGAUGUGGAGGAUGGUCAGAAAUACUGCAACCCCGGCUUUCCAAUCGGUUGCCUAGUAACCUCAGAAGGGCGGCCUAAAGAUGCCUGCGUCAUUAAUUCUGAGUUCAACAAGAAAAACACUUUCUACGUCUUCAACCACGUGGAUAUCACCAUAACGUACCACAGUGGAGAAAAUGAGAGCUGGAAAGGUGCUCGGCUGGUCGGUGCUCGACUGGAUCCCAAGAGUAUUAAACACAGUGAGGAAAACAGCCAGUCGUGUGAAGGACCACCCAUGGAGAUACCAGGGCAGUUCAGUGGUAACCUGGAGCUGACCUACUCUUAUUCAGUCAAGUUUGAAGCCACAGAUCAGAUCAAGUGGGCUUCAAGAUGGGAUUAUAUCUUGGUUUCCAUGCCCCAUACAAACAUCCAGUGGUUUAGCAUUAUGAACUCUCUGGUCAUCGUGCUCUUCCUCUCUGGCAUGGUGGCCAUGAUCAUGCUGAGAACAUUGCACAGGGACAUCGCAAAAUACAACCAAGUGGACCAGGGGAACUUGCUUAAGAUCCAUCUUCAGACAGCCAUUACAUAUGAGGAGGCCCAAGAGGAGUCUGGGUGGAAGCAGGUACAUGGGGAUGUGUUCAGACCACCUCAGAUGGGAAUGCUGCUGUCUGUGUUCCUUGGGCAGGGCACACAGAUCUUCAUCAUGACCUUCAUCACACUUUUCCUGGCCUGCCUCGGAUUCCUCUCUCCGGCGAACAGAGGAGCUCUUAUGACCUGUGCGGUGGUGCUGUGGGUCCUGCUAGGCACGCCUGCUGGAUACGUUUCAGCCAGACUCUAUAAGAGUUUUGGAGGUGAAAACUGGAAGACCAACGUUCUUUUAACUGCACUUUUGUGUCCUGGAAUGGUGUUCGCUGACUUUUUCUUAAUGAAUCUGAUCCUCUGGGUGGAGGCCUCGUCUGCGGCAAUCCCGUUUGGAACGCUGGUGGCCAUUCUGGGCUUGUGGUUUGGUAUCUCUGUUCCACUUACCUUCCUGGGUGCGUACUUCGGCUUUAAGAAGUCGGUGAUUGCGCAUCCUGUGCGAACAAAUCAGAUCCCACGGCAAAUCCCUGAGCAGUCCUUCUUCACUAAACCCCUACCCGGCAUCGUCAUGGGCGGCAUCCUGCCCUUUGGUUGCAUCUUCAUCCAGCUCUUCUUCAUCCUCAACAGUAUCUGGUCUCAUCAGAUGUAUUACAUGUUCGGCUUCCUGUUCCUGGUGUUUAUCAUCCUCCUCAUCACUUGUUCUGAAGCCACCAUCCUGCUCUGCUAUUUUCAUCUGUGUGCUGAGGAUUAUCACUGGUGGUGGCGAUCGUUCCUUACCAGUGGAUUCACCGCAGUUUAUCUGUUCGUCUACGCUAUACAUUAUUUCUUCUCCAAACUCCAAAUCCAAGGGGCUGCCAGCACCAUCCUUUACCUCGGCUACACCAUGAUUAUGGUUCUUAUAUUCUUUCUCUUCACAGGCACCAUCGGCUUCUUCGCUUGUUUCUGGUUCGUACAUAAAAUCUACAGCGUGGUGAAGGUGGACUAAGACUGUGCUGAGCUCGGCUCGUCCCUCUGCUUUCAUAGUAAAGAAAAAGAAGAAGAAGGAAGUCUGCGUUUCCUGCGUUAUGCUUUUGACGGACAGCGUUUGGGAGACAGAUACGUGAGAUAUAAAAAAAAAUUAGAAACUGCAGUAUUUCUAUUUCUCAUGAUUCUGUGUUUACUGCUGUGUGUAAUUUGGCUUGUUUAGUUUGCACAGUAACAUGGGUGGGGUUUCUCCAAAGAUAGGGGCUGGGGUUAAGGUGUAGGGUUAAAAUUUUACGCUUUAGAGUUGUUAAAGAGUUGAUCGGAGGUUCCUAUUAAAGGAAAGUCAGUGGGACCAGUGAGGCUGUUUCUGUCAGUCAGUUGUGAGAGGGUUAAGACUGAGCAUGCUCAAACAUUUGCAUGUGAAAAGGCAGGUGAAGUGGUCAGCGACAGUGAUGGACUCCAUAUGAAGCAAAAAAGCAGAAGAAACGAGCAGAGCCUGGUCAGAAGAACAUCUGUACACCUCUUUAGGGAGUCGGGGUUCUCCACGCCCCUCCCCUCCCUGCACCUUAAGCCUAAAUGCAUGAUGGUAACAAUGAUGAAGGACUUUUCUUAUUUCAUAUAAAUAUAUAUAAUGUAUAAAUAUAUGUAUACAUGCUUUUAUAUAGAGAUCGAAAUGUGUUUAUUCCAUUUUUUUUUUAAACAAAUGAAUCUGUUCUGCUGUAAGUUUAUUAUUUGAAUGUUGAAACAUGAAUUCUAAUGAAAAUGGGAUUUUUCUUUGUUGAGUUUCUUUUUGAUUGUCCAUUUUGUAAAAUAGUGAGUGCUAGCACUAAAGAUUUAUCACUGUGAACGGAUAUCGAGGAUGUGUUUUUGACUGAUAUAUAUAUAUAUGAAUUAUAUCAGUUUGAUGGCUGUUUGAAAAUAAAGCAGGUCAUCAGACCUGUUUUAUCCUUAUGGACGUGUCACACCUUAUUUACCUGAUUUUACUUGUAAGAAAGACAAUGGUUUGGCAGGACACCUAGAGCUUUAUGCUGCAACACUUGUUAAUAACAUAAUUAAAUUACUAUUUUUUUUUUUUUGUUUUUUGUUUUUCUUAGCUAAGCACAAAAUACUGUAUAUGUAUAUAUGAAUUGUUAAUAUGGACUAAAUCAGUAAGAUCCAGGGACUGGAUUCCUAAAACAGUCAAUUCUUAGGACUCCAAUUUAUUUAGACCAUCAUAUAUUCUAAUCUUCAAGCCUUGUUUAUAUAUAUAUAUAUAUAUAUAUAUAUAUAUAUAUAUAUAUAUAUAUAUAUAUAUUAGGGGUGAGCGAUAUGGCUCUAAAAUAAUAUCACGAUAUUUCAUGGUAUUUUUGCGAUAACGAUAUACUUGGCAAUAUAGGAAAACUAAAUUAAUUAAUUAAUUUCAAGAAUAUAGUAUAAUGGUAUAACAGUAUAAUCAUAAUGUGGCAAAAUACAUAUUAUAGCAUAAAAUAAUAUAAUGCAGCAAAUAAUAUUGCAAAAUAAUUAGUGCAUGCAUAUAAACUGCCAACUAAAACAAUUAUACAAUAAAUAAACCUAAAGCUUCACAGUAAAUAAUAGACUACUUUUAAGACAGAACAGCCGUAUUAUCACAAUAUGGAUUUUUAAUAUUAUGAUAUUUCUGUGUCACGAUAUAUUGUAUACGAUAUAAUAUUGCCCACCCCUAAUAUAUAUAUAUACACAGAGGCAUGUAAAAGUCCAAACUGGGGGGCACCUGCUCUAUUUUUCGUUACUGUUAAAAAGCAAGUAAGUAAAAGAUGAAUGAAAAUUCUUUAAAAAGCCAUAAAGUUCUAAAUACAACAUUUUUCUUUCCAACACUUUAAGAUGGAUUAAGACUUUUUGUUGUACACUUCAAGUUUUUGCACUGUGAUGCAAAAUUUUAUGAAAGCUUUAUGAAUACCCUGACUCCUCAAACCUAGACCAAAAAUCAGCAGCUAUUGGCUCCUCUCAGCAGCUGCCUAGCACUUUAAAAAUGUUAGAAAAUUAAAAAGGAGGAGAGAGCUAUCAGAAAUGUUCAGGUUGCUGUUUGUUGACCAUGAUUAUUGAAUGACAAUUUGAGGAUUUGAGGUCUGGAAGACAAAGUAAAAAAAAAUCUACAAAACAAAUACAUCAGCAAGUAUUGCUUUAAAAUUGUGGCCAAAUCUAUGCCACAAGGUCGAGGCCGAUUUAACAAAAAAAAGGCAAUUAUUGUCCGAUAAUGAUAUAAUUAUAUAUUAUGAUAUGACAUAUUUUAUCCCUAUUUAGAAGAGUUUUUUGGUGCAAUGUUGUAUUAUGCAGCCACACAUGCACAGAUAUGACUUUUGUUAAAAUAGAACUUAAUGAUAUUAAGCCUAAUGACCAAAAGUGUAUUUGAAAACAAGAAUUAUGCAGAAUUUCAGAAAACUCACUCAAUCAUUGGAUGCUAAUUCCCCAAUUUAUGAAGUUAUUAAUCAAUUUUUUUUUUACUUUUUAUUUCUAUAAAUAUCAGAUCAUAAUUUGCUUCCCAAACAGACAUUUAAAGCAGGGUUUCCACACUUUUACAUGCCGUGUAAAUUAAUUGUAUGAUUCUGCUAUUGUUUACGCUAAUCAGAGAGCUACUGCUCAUUGGCUGUAUAGAUAUAUAAAAAAUCGCAUUGCCUUAAAGUCUGAUUGGUAGUUAGCAUUGGAUGUCCUAACUACGACAAAUCUUUUGAGAAUCCAGCCCCAGUUUAAGUCAGACAUAAUUCAUACAUGCUGCAGAUUUUUUUUUUCAAGUAUUUUAAUUCAGAAAGAAGCCCAGGGCUUUAUGCUGAGCUUCAAUAAACCAUAUGAGGUGUACAUAAAGAUCUGUACCAUGAAACAAAAAUAAUAAAGCACAAUACAAAUCA